AGAUGGGGUAAAACAGUGGACGUCAAGAAAGAGGCAAGAAACCAGAUCUGGCACUAAGUGAGACCAUGGAGGCAGAAGCUGAAGUACAAAGUAAUAGAGAUGAAGUCAAAGAGCUGAAGGCCAAAGAACGGAGGCUCACAUCAGUCUUUGGUGUGGCAGACUUAAAAAAUGGAGCUAUUGGACUGUAUAACCUUGGACAGAGCUGCUGUCUGAACUCUCUGCUCCAAGUGUUCCUCAUGAAUAUACACUUCACAGGGAUACUUCGAAGGAUCACAGUGCCACCGUGUGCUGCGCAGAGGAACAAUGUCCCGUACCAAAUGCUCCUGCUGCUGGAGAAGAUGCAACGUGGCAAGUGCAAAGCUGUUCGUCCCACGGAACUCGCCUGCUGCCUUUCAGCACACAGAGUGGAAUUGUUCGUGCAGCAUGAUGCUGCUCAGCUGUUUCUGCGUCUCUGGAACUUGAUAAAGAAGCAGAUGAAAAAGCUAGAGCUGGUUGAAGAGCUGAGUGAUUUGUACACUAUCUGCAUACAGGAGCAUCUGGCCUGUCAGAAUUGCUCUUUUGAAAUAAAGAACAACAGCAACAUGUUAACCCUUCCACUGCCGGUGUUGGAUUCCAAUUCUCACAGGCUGAAGACUCUGGAGGACUGUUUACAGUACUUUUUCCAUCCAGAACAGCUGACUGGUCAAAACAUGUGUUUCUGUCAACAGUGUGGAAUGAAAACACCUUUUUUGCAGAGCAUGAAGCUCGUCUAUCUGCCACAGACUCUGACCAUACACCUAAAGCGCUUCUGCUUUGAAAAAUCAUGCUACACGCACAAGCUUAGUCACUAUCUCCCAUUCCCACGGGACCUUGAUUUCAAUGGAGUCUUGACAGAAAAUCAGUGCCAAGCAGAUGACAAUGAAAAGGCUACUUGGCAGUAUGGCCUUUUUGCUGUUGUUGCUCAUUCAGGAUCAGCUAGUUGUGGACAUUACUGUGCCUACAUUCAAAGCCUCACAGAGUGUAAAUGGUAUUGCUUUAAUGAUUCUGAGGUUCGCCAGGUAUCAUGGGAUGAUGUUAAAUGCACCUAUGGACAUUCCAACCUCCACUGGGGAGAAACGGCCUAUCUCUUGAUUUACAUGAAAAAACAUCCUCAGCAGCCCUAUCCAGGGCUAUCAGAGUGUCUAGGAAAGCUGUGAAUUGUCCAUGGAGCUCAGCACCUCUGUGCAAGAGUGGACAUGUACAAAUGUUCCAUAAGAAAGACAUUUUGCACUCAGCAACCUCUGUGUUCACAUUUAUUUAUGAAAAACACUCAGCUAGAAAAAGGAUCUAAGAACUGUUGCAACUAAAA